AUGGAGCAAGGAAUUAUAAGAUCGGUUCACUCCUCCAGGAUAGCCACUUCCCACCAUUCCACUUCAGAGCUAAAACUCACCGCCAAACCCUUCUCUCCCUUCUCUCUCUCUGUCGCCAUCUCUCUCCGAGCUCUCUCUGUCGCUGCUCCUCGCCGUGGGUUCGUUGCCGCUUCUCUGCUCCUCGCCGUGGGUUCCUUGCCGCUUCUCCCCUCCUCCCCGUGCGUCGUUUCUGCUUCUCCCCUCCUCUUCGUUUCUGCUUCUCCCCCCCUCGCCGGCGUCGUUUCUGCUUCUCUGCCCCACAUCGUGUCUCGCCGGCGUUGCUUCUCUUCCCGUGGAGUUUCUAGUCUCUGCUACAACCCUCUCAGGUCUCAAGUCUCUUCUUCUCUGCUGCAAGCCUUCAACCCUCUCAGGAUUGUAUUGGGAUUGAUUACCGGUAGGCAUAGAAUGGAGAAGGGCUUAAGUAGCAUCACCACGAGCAGCAGCAAGGAAGGGUUACCUCUCACCCCUCAUUCCAACUUCAAAACUGCUUCCACCGACGAUGACCUCGCUCACAUCCUCUUCAACAUCAAAUCCUCCAAAACUUCCGCUGUUAUCAAUUAUGGCGCCUCUUGGUGCCGUGUGUGCAGUGAAAUCCUCCCUGCAUUCCAUAGAUUGAGCAAUAAUUUUCCAAAGCUCUCCUUCGUCUAUGCAGAUAUUGAUGAAUGCCCAGAAACAACUCAACACAUUCGAUACACCCCUACUUUUCAAUUUUUUCGAGAUGGUGAAAAGGUAGAUGAAAUGUAUGGUGCUGGAGAAGAGAGGCUGCGUGAUCGCGUCUGGUUGCACUCUUGAGUACACUAUACAAUGUCAUUUUUAUUGUCAGAGUUAGGUGACAUGCUUGCAAUUUUCCAGUAGAUGUAACAUUGUGAAUCAUGAACAAUUCAGUGAAUAUUCAGGCAAACCCAGUAUCCAAUGUUUCCAUUUGAAACUACAACCAUAUAAACCGUCCUUUUAUGAGGUAAACAGCUUCAUAAAUUGAUAAAAAAAAAAUAUCACGUAGAUAGCAUUUUAAGUUUACACCAACUACACGAGAUUGGCUGCAAAACAAUCAACAGCAGAAAUGAGAAAAGAAUCGGCAACGGUUUAAGAAAUUUGAAGUGGUAAAACCGAAAAAAAAAAAGAGGCAGCUAAUGCUGCAAACUCCUAUUUUACUAACGUAUCCGCCUAAGAAGCAUAUCUAACCCUCGUUCCUCAUCAAACUGUGAAACGUAAUCUUCAAUAAGAGGUACGCAUUGAAGCUCCUUUUAUUUUCUUGUUUACCCAAAGUUUGAAAGAUGGCUGCGAUGACAACCACCUGUAAUCUGGCUAUCUCAUCAAGCCUUGGGCUUGAGCAUCUUCACCGUCUCCCAAGUGAAAUCAGGAUCGUCACGUCCGAAAUGUCCGUAAGCAGCAGUCUUCUGGUACCUGAAGUUGGUACCUGAAGUUGCCUCCUCUCAUGAGGUCAAGAUUGAUGGCAAUCAUUCCUGGCCUGAAGUCAAAAUUUUCCUUAAUAGGCUUCUUUUUCAAGGAAUAUCCCACUGCUUCGAUUGCGAUUGGUAACCCUUUACAUUCCAUAGCAACAUUUGAGGCCACCUUUAAUACCUCGGAUGGCGAAUUGUCACCUAUUCCUGAAUACUCUUUGAAAAACAUCCAAGCUUCCUCUUCUGGCAAGAGAUGUAAAGGAAUUUCUCUUUGACAGUUCAUCAAGGUGCAAACUCCAUGCAGACGCGUAGUCAAAAGGACCUUGCAGCUGCUUUGGUUACCCUCUUCACAAGGAAUUCCAAUAUCUUCAAGCUUAAGCUUAUAGCCCAAACAUCAUCCAAGAUCACAAGAAUUCUCUCUU